AUGAAUAACGCAAAUCAACCAGCCCUUAACCCAGCGCAAAACAACAUACAAUUACGUACGCUAGACAUCAAUCCCCUUACAUAUAUUGAAAAAUUAAGGGAAUUUGAUGGGAAGAAGGAAGACCUCACAACAUUCAUAACAAAUGUAGAUGACAUAAUUCCUACAUUAAUGUUAUACAACGAACAAGCUCAAAGAAUGUGUAUGAACAUCGUAAAAUCAAAACUAACUGGAAACGCCAGAAGAGCAAUGGAGGUUCAUCCCCAUUUGACCCUUUGGACUGACAUAAAAGCGAUGCUAAAUACCAACUUUGGUGGCUUUGCCACUGUGGACCAAUUAUAUCAGGAACUGAGAGCAGCGCAGUAUAAAGGAGAUACUAUGGAUUUCUACAACCACAUCCAACACAAACUAGCAAUUCUUAACCAAAAAUGUGGUCAGGAGAAUCGAUUGGAUGAAGUCGAUAGGAAUAUCCAAACUGGUCUGAAGACUUUUAUAACACGUCUUCCAAUCCAUAUGAGGACUGUAUUAUGCGCAUUAAAACCACAAAGUAUGGAGGAAGCUUUGCAUGAAUUGAGCUCUGCGGGAUUCCUGAACAACGAAAAGAAGAAGGACAAACCACAACCAAGUCCCCAACAACAACAUUGGCAACCAAAAAUAAUGCAGCCACAUUACCAACAACAGCAACAUUGGCAACCAACGAUAAUGCAGCCACAUUACCAACAACAACAACAACAUUGGCAACCAAAAAUAAUGCAGCCACAUUACCAACAACAGCAACAUUGGCAACCAAGGAUAAUGCAGCCACAUUACCAACAACAACAACAUUGGCAGCCGAGAAUUGUACAACCAAAUUUCCAGCAACAUGGAUCGCAACAACCUUACUACAAGCCUCAGCAACCACAAAUCAGACAACAGCCUCCAACAUCAUAUCAACAAAAGCAUGAAUCAAUGGAUGUUGAUGCAUCUCAACAAUCAAAAAGGCAGACACACCACCAGGAGCAGAAAUCAUGUCUCUGGAAGUCCUUGCUGGCGAUUUUCUUGAUGAUAUCCCCAGUGGUAGCGCAGAAGCUCGAGGUAGUCGAUUUGAAUAAAGGCAACGGAUAUGCAAUGAUACAACUUAAUGACAAAAUGUUAAUAGAUGACUAUAUUAAAAUUCUUCACAUAUUUAACACCACAAAAUAUAUGGAUUUUUUGAAUGAAUUGGGAGAGGAAGUUUCGCAUAUUAAUGAUUCAUUUUUAUCGCAUGAAAUCGAGCACGUACAUUUACGACUUAAAAGUAUUAUUCCCCAUCAAGCUAGAAAUAGAAGAGGUUUAAUUAAUCUUUUUGGUACAGGAUUAAAAUAUCUAUAUGGUGCAAUGGAUAAUAAUGAUAGAGAAGAGAUUGAAAGACAACUGCAAAAUUUGGAGAAGAAUGAACAUAAUAUAAUAACGCAAACUAAUAAUCAAAUACACAUAAAUACACAAUUUGACAAUCAAUUAGCUAACUUAACAAAAUUAUAUAAUGACCAAACAAAACUGUUGAUUAAGAGCAUGUCAAACGUUAAAUCAAUUAAAGAUAACACAGCAAAAGCUGAUAAAGUUUACCGUCUUAAAUACCAAAUUGAUCAUAUGGGCAAAUUAUUAGAUAAAGAAAAUCGUUCCUUGGUGUCAAGUAAUGUUCCUUAUUUUGUCGUUCAGACCUCCGGUAUAUUCUCAACGCUGCCCAAGGACAAGCGUUCCUUGGUGUCAAGUAGUGUUCCUUAUGUUGUCGGUCAGACCUCCGGUAUAUUCUCAAUGCUGCCCAAGGAUAAUCGUUCCCUGGUGUCAAACAAGGCACGUUCGACGAAGGGGCUUUCGUUGUAA